AUGUUUGCCGGCUACUCUUCGAAGCUUGCUAUCACGGCGCUCCUUUGCGGUGUUAUCUCCACCGCUAAAGCCGCCCUCUACGACGUCGCCAUUGAAACCAGCUAUGGCUCAAUUGAAGGCUAUCCUGCAUUUAACACCACCACUGGCGGCCAGAACCGUUGGAAGGCUCCCCAGCCUCGCAGCCCAUGGAAUGACACUCUGGAUGCUGACCAAUGGGGUCCAGUCUGUCCGUCUGCUGUCAAUAGUGAUACCUAUACCAUUGAUGAGGACUGUUUGAACCUGAAUAUCUGGAGUGCAGCAAACUCUACUGAUGCGAAGCUCCCGGUUGUUAUAUGGAGUUAUCCUGCGUAUUCAACCGCCGCCGAUGAUCUCUUUGACGGUAGUGGCAUGGCUGACAAGGGCGUGGUCUUCGUCAGCUACAACUACCGCACCGGAUCUUUUGGUUGGCUCGCCCACCCUCAGCUAUCAGCGGAGUUUAAGGCUGUUACUGGCUCGGAUACUUCUGGCAAUUGGGGCAUGCUAGAUCAGUUUGCAGCCGUCAAAUGGGUACAUGAGAACAUUGCCGCCUUUGGGGGUGAUCCUGAUCGCAUCACUGUGAUGGGCCAGUCAGCUGGUUCUGCGGCUACACAGCACAUUCUCAACAGCAACUUGACCAAGGGACUUAUUGUCGGUGCAAUUAUUGAGAGUGGUGUUCGUGAGCCUCAUGAUCCCCUCGCUGCCACUCUGGCUGAAAACUAUAAGACGCUUGAUUGGGCCCUGUCUCAAGGUGUCAACUACACUUUGAGCAAGAAUGUGAGCACGAUAUCUGAGCUCCGCAAGCUUUCUACCGAUGAUCUCACCGAAGAGUUACUCGGUUCUGAGUGGGAUUUCACCGCUACACUCGACUACUACGCCAUGCCCGACAACUAUCUCAAUACUCUGGUCAAUGGGCUUGCCAACGACGUGCCGGUUGUCACUGGUAAUACCCGAGAUGAGAGCGGUGCUACCUACGGCCUGAAUAUCACUAUUAAGGAAUAUAUGGCAGAUCUCAAUAUGACCUAUACUAGUGAUUUCCUGGAAGAUUUCUUAGCUCUUUACCUAGCCAACAGCUCUGCGCAAGCAUCCGGCGCUUGGAACUCGCAAUUCACCGACCGUUCCAAGGUUGGCACCUGGAUGUGGGCUCAGAUGUGGGCUCAAGACUAUGAUAGUCCGGUCUACACCUAUAUCUGGGACCAUGCGCCCCCCAGCCAGAGCUCUGGUGCUUAUCACGAAUCGGAGAUCAACUACGUUCUAAAUAAUCUUUACGCUACCGCCGACAAGGCCUGGACGUCCGGAGACUAUGGGAUCGCUGCCAGGAUGAAUGCUUACUGA